ACACAAACUUACCACACACACACACACACACACACACACACACAUGUAUGCUCACACGUAUAGAAUGCACUGACAGUCUCCAACAGACAACAACAUGGGAAGAAUGGAUGAGGAUGACUAUAAAAGUGCCAGCGAUGUGGAGGUUGACAGUGAUAAUGAUGAUCAUGAUGCUGAACAUGAACUGGGCAAUUGGUUAGGACAGUUUGAUUCCCACAAAAUGGCUCUCGAUUCUGAUGGCAGUAAUACAGGAACAGUUCGACGUAGAAAUAAAACAGUGGUGACACCAAAGAUGGCAAUGGAAAGUUUCAGAUUAUCUUUUCUCAACAAUGAAGAAAAUCAAGAUGUUAAUUUGGAUGCUAUUCUUGGAGAACUCUGUGAACUUGAAUGUCAGUUAAAUACGACACAGAAUGAAAUAUCAAAGUCUCUGGCUCCAUCGACGACGACUCCGCAGUCUACAGUAGGAAUUAACUCUAGUGAUCCUCCGGUACACAAUGAACCGACAGACCCAAUUCAAGCUGAACUUGAUGCACUGGCUGCAGAAAUCACCAAAGGACUGGGAUUUGAUACAAGCGAUGAUUUCUUUGGCAUGCACUCUGAGCUUACGUCACUGUUCCCGGACGGCGGCUUGGAUAUCACCGAAACGGACUCUGCUUAUUCUGACAAUGCUUCUUUGCCGUCUUCAGAGUCAUUCACAUCAAUGGCCACAGUGUCUUCAUCUGCCGAUACCUCGAGCACUGGAGACGCCUGUAGCACAAGCAGCACGAGCACACUGACGCCAGCUUCUGCCACCCAAACUGAAGCCCAUGCAAGAGUUUUGGCCCGUUUAUGCACAGUUCAAGAUGAACUCUAUCGGAAUGGUCAAGUUUCACCUGAGGAGCAGAAGGCAAGACUGCAGGCUGAGAAAAUCCGUAUCGCCCUUGAGAAGAUCAAAGAUGCUAAAAUUAAAAAGUUGUUUGUCCGUGCUUUCGCCCGAGAUGGUAGCAGUAAAAGUAUUUUGGUUGAUGAGAAGAUGACUGUAGGACAUGUAUGCAAUAUUUUAGCAGAUAAGAAUCAUAUGAAAUUGUCUCCUGACUUGGCUGUUGUAGAAUAUAUUCCUGAUCUCUAUAUAGAGAGAGUUCUUGAGGACCAUGACUCCUUGGUUGAAAAUAUGGUGAUGUGGACUAAGGAUUCCAAAAAUAGGAUUCUAUUUGAAGAUCGAACAGAAAAGAACGAAUUAUUUAAAAAUCCCGAAAAAUAUCUUUUAUUGGGGACAUCUUCAGAGAAAGGUAUUUCUUUAGACCCUAAUCAGAGAGAGAAACUUUUGCAGGAAUUUUUUAGAGGAUCUGGAGUAAACGUUCCUGAGGUCGAGAGUGUGCUCUACCUCAAGACUGACGGCAAAAAAGCUUGGAAAAAAUACUUCUUUGUACUGCGAGCAUCUGGUUUCUACUAUAAUCCUAAAGGGAAGUUUAGCAAGGCUUCAAAAGACUUGACUUGUUUGGUCCAGUUUGACUGCGUCGACAUUUACCACGGUGUUGGAUGGAAGAAAAAAUACCAUGCUCCCACUGACUACUGCUUUGCACUGAAGCAUCCUCAGAUCCAAAAGAAGACAUCCAAAUACAUCCGCUACCUUUGUGCAGAAAAUAAAGCCACGUUAGAUCUAUGGAUUAUGGGGAUACGUAUUGCCAAGUAUGGCAAACAACUUCUUUGUAAUUACGAACGAUUAUUGAAAGAUAUUUCUUCCUGGGAUUCUCGCAAUAAUACUAUUUCAAACCACAGCGCUGGUCACUACGAAAAACUUGAACUGAAAACUGCAAAUCUUGAAGACAGCAGAAUGUCUGUGCCACCUGAAACUAAUUCACGCCCUUUCCCUGUUAUGUUGAAAAAUGGCACCCUAUCUCGUAACCGAACAAUAAGUAGCAGCGUAGACUGUGAUAAUAUGGAGGAUGGCACCCCCGAAAUUAGCUUGACUCAGCCCCGCAAGUCCUCUAUAUCAGGCCCAAUUAUGAUGGAGUCACCCCAAAAGGCACCCGUGAAACGAGUGUCUUUUAGUAAUACGCACUGCAUCAUCAACGCCGAUGCUGGCGAGGAACUUGUGCCGAUGCGGCACCGUGAUUCAAUAACGAGUGCCUCCACUGAUUCUAGUGAAGAAUCGAACUCAAGUGGGGAGAGUAAAGUGUCUGGAGGCACUUCGUUAAGGGGUAAAAUGAAACCCAAACUACCAGUAACCACGGAGACGACUCGACAGAUUUCUGAGAUGGUUCAGAUGGCCAUGGAAGAUCGUGCACAGGUGUUGUACGAGAGUAUAAUGGAAGAGAAGAAGACUUCACCUUACGGCUACCAUGAGAAACCAAUGGAAAGGCGUAAAUCAGCGCCUGCAAUUCACGAGGAGAAACGAGAAGUUCAUAGGCAUGAACGUAAACCCUCCGAGGGCAGUUGUAACAAGACUGACAUGUCCCCUUAUCAGAGGUUACCUCUUAACAAUUCUAGUCUUCCUGCGUCACAACAGGAGCCGGAGCCAGAUUAUCAAACACGGCAUCAAAUACAACAGCAACUACUACAGCAACAACAGAAGCAUCAACCUAUAUAUAUCAGUAACCAAUCACCUUAUGCUACAACAGGAAAAAGGUUAAUGCAGGCCCCACCUUCUCCACCAGUUCAGAAAGAGGAGAUAUACAGCAAGAAACUGAACGGACCACCUCAUACUCCCCCACCAGUGGCCAUCAAACCAUCCACCCCAGCACCGGCACCCCCUAAUGUCCCACCCCCAACUCCACCAACUCAACACAACAAGCUGGGUAACCAGAUGAUGAGUUCUGCUGGUCAGACCUCAACCCUCACUGGAAGAAAAAUGCUGACAAGAGCUGACUCUGAAUCUGCUGCGGGAGCACCAGGCCGAGCUCCGCUUUCUAUAUCUGGUCCCGUAGUCCAGCCCCUACACACAACUACAGAACCAGGCUCGUCGGGGCCAAACUUGAGAAGUUCUAUAUCCAUUUCUAGCCCCAUGCCACUGCCAUCUUCACCAAAUCCCACCCACGAAUUAAACACAGGCAGUCUGGGACGGUCAGCCACUCUCAACCAGACCCAUCUAAAGCAGACUUCAUCAUCAGAGAUAAUGGGUGGCACUCUGGGACGUAUAAACACCUCUGUGGCUGUCCCAGGCUCAACGACAGUUCCUCACCCCUCUCUACAAUCACCAAUCACCACUUCUGGCUCA